AUGUAUAGUCAACGUCCUCUGGCCUAUGCGCCCACCCCCUACAGCUAUACACCGAACCCGGCCUUGUCAGCAUCCAUCAAUCUUGAUGAGGAAGUCAAACUAGCCUCGAGCUCAGCAGAUCGUGAUCUCUACGAGUCGCUGGCGGAAAUAUACAGCAUCAUCGUCACACUAGACGGGUUGGAGAAGGCAUACAUUAAAGAUGUGGUCACCGAAGCAGAAUACACCGAGACAUGCACUCGGUUGUUGAAGCAAUACAAGUCCAGUCUGGGGGAUGAGGCUGUCGCAAGGGAUUUUGCCGAUCUCGACACCUUUAAACGGACAUGGGGGUUGGAAUGCCCCCGUGCCACCGAACGCCUUCGCAUCGGACUCCCCGCAACAGUCGAACAGGCAUCCCACACCGCCCCCGGAGCCAGCAUGGGAGCAGCAGCAACGGGCCCUGCUGGUGGAGCAGCAGGUACUCUGAUAUUGACGGCGACGGAGAACUUCAUCACAUUCCUAGAUGCGUUGAAACUGAAUAUGGUGUCGAAGGAUGCCCUGCACCCGCUGCUCUCUGAGGUGAUCCAGUCCGUGAACAAGGUGACGGACGGGGACUUUGAGAACCGGGGCAAGAUAAUCCAGUGGCUGAUCGCCUUGAAUCAGAUGCGGGCGACAGAGGAACUCAGCGAAGAACAGGCCAGGGAAUUGGCGUUUGAUAUUGAACAGGCAUACCAGGGCUUCAAGGCAACGUUGGUCCUCGACCUCCCUCAGCUCUAUACCAAACCGUCUGGAACCGAGCUUGUGAAAGCCCUAGACCUGCUGGCGAUUAAACCAAGGAAUUUCAGUACUGAUCCCGACGAAGAGGACAAUGGCCCAGCUGUCCAGGAGAACGGCGUGCCCCGCUACCUAACUUCUAUUAUCGCAAGUACACUUUCAUGGCUAGGUACCGAUGAACUGCGUGAGACAGUUUGGGAUGCCGCGGCAGCUCGACUCAGUGAGCGGUCUGGUAGGGCCGCCAUGCCAGCCAUGUCCCGUAUGUUCCAAGUGCCCACACCAAGCGGCGAAGACCUCACAAUUACUUUGCACGAGCCAUCCAUCACCGCCGACAACCUUGGUAUGAAAACCUGGGUAUCCUCCUACCUCCUCUCCCGUCGCCUUCAUAGUCUUGUCGAAUCCACCCCGCGGCUAGUCCCCUCCGAAGCAACCUCCCCCAAGACCGAGAAGACACUGCGAGCGUUGGAGCUGGGUUCAGGAACCGGACUCGUAGGACUCGCCUUCGCAGCCCUCCGCGGAAAAUCGGCUACGACCCAUCUCACAGACCUGCCUGAUAUUGUUCCGAAUCUCGCUCGUAAUGCGGCUCUGAAUGUGGAAUUGCUCAACAGCACCAACGCCAGCAUCACAACGGGGGUUUUGGACUGGUCUGUCACGUCGGAGCAGCUGCCACCCGCAGAAGAGCAGUAUGAUAUUAUCCUCGCUGCCGAUCCUCUAUACUCGCCCAAGCACCCGAAGUGGUUGGUUGACACAGUGGCCCGCUGGCUGAGCCGUGGCCUGGGUGCACGGGUUGUGUUCGAGAUGCCGCUGCGCGAUGCAUACUUGCCACAGGUGCGGGAAUUUCGAGAGCGAAUGGUGCAGGCUGGUCUUGCGGUGGUAGAGGAGGGCGAGGAGAUUGGAUACGAUGACUGGGAGUCGGCAGAUGGAGAAGCGCUGGCGGUCAAAUCAUUAACCGCAAUUCCCACCGUGACCGGCGUGUCAAUGGGAGUCAGCGAGCAGCGCAAAUCGAACGAUCGCAAGAACGACGCACGGCGCAUGGCCAAGUUCCACAUUGAUGUUGGGAGCGCGGGGGAAACAGCAGAGGACGAUGAAGUACAAGGGAAGCGGAUGGUGGUGAGGAAUGACAAGGUUUAUCUGGAUGAUCCUCUUCCCUCGAACCGCAGUAUCCCCUCGCAUACGUCCAAGGCGUUUUAUAUUGAAUACCCCGAGUUGGAGGAGACGAAGCAUCUCAAACGAGGUCUUGGGUUGGUGACUACGACGUGUGAUAAUCCGCCGAUGGUGAAUUGGAUAUAUGUUGAUAAAGAGACAUACGAGUUGAAAUACGGGAACCGGUCGCAGAGUAUUUCGCAUGUGGUCGGGCCUUGGAAUUGGACGGAGGAUGAGACGACGGUGACGCUGGAAGAGAAGAGUGCGUUUGUGGCUGUUCAGGAAGAGGAUGGGGCGUGGGCGGUUUAUUUUGAUCGGGAUGGGGAUGAUUUGGAGGGUGUUUUGGAGGAGCAGGGGAAGUUGGAUAAUGCGUUUGCGCCGGUGUUUUUACGGAGGAGUUUGGCCGAGGAGAAUAAUUCGUGA